AUGAGCAAAGUCCAGCUCCACGACCACAGCGCCUCAUACCACGCCAUCACGACAAAGUCACCCCAAGGCCUGCAGUGCCUCAAGAGGCUGUUUCUCGAAUAUGACAAUGCCAAUCCAAGUCGCGCCAACCUCAACAGCCUCUUCUCCAGAGACUUUACAGAUAACGAGAACGAGUCGGAGCGCAAUAUCGGCCGAGACGAAGCCAUCGAAACAAUCAUUUCCAGCCGGGCCAGGUGCUCGCGGCAUCAGAUCGACUUGAAACGCGCGACCUGUCUGGUCAAUUCCGGGUCGAGCCACACAGUCUUCUUUGAAGGUGUGAGGUUUGUCAUGUUCGCCUCUCCCGAAGGAAGUGAUGCAGAGCUGCCCGUGGUCGAGGACAAAAGUACCUGGACCAGGAUCCCCUUUUCCGGCAGGAUGGAGGUCAGAGUCAAGGAGAAUAAGUUUUCUCUCAAAGAAGCCGUGGCCGAGAUCGUGAGCAGAAGGGUCACGUCCGACAAUAGUGCCCUGGUCAAGCGGGACUUGAUGGCCAGGACAAACUCGAUGCCCAUUGCCAGCCCAGCCGAGUCACCCUUGGCCAGACUCCAGUCAACAAGCACCAGCCAGCUUGGGUUGCCCACCAAUGUGUCCGAGCUUCCUGCAGUAAUUUCUGCUAUCCCGAGCGACACCAAGUCUCUUCCUCCAUACCAUUCAAUAAAGGGGACGCCGACUGUUACUUCGGGAAGCUCGGUUGAUGGAGACCAGUUGGCAGGCCGUUGA